AUGGAACUAAUUGGUGUUGCUCUCGGAACCUAUUCUAACGAAAUUCUUUGGACUAUGAUUCAAUUACACCUCGAGACCGAAGACGAAAGCUCAUUCAACGAACUCUGUGACUGUGAGAGGACUAUCAUGGGACCUCACGGCAUCAACCGGGCCAUUGAGAGAUUGGAGUUCUGUGACUGCAAGAAAGGACUGGGGUUGAAAAUAAUAGGUGGCUACAGAGAUCAAACACGGGAAGAGUUUGGGAUCUUCAUCAAGCGGGUGUUACCGGGAGGUCUGGCUGCUCAGGAUGGACGGCUUAGAACGGGCGACCUCGUUUUGGAAGUCAAUAAUAUGAGUUUAGGAGGACGAGUAACCAACGAGAGGGCGGUUGAUAUCCUCCGAUCAGCGUCAGCCUCCAAUCACAUGUCUCUGAUGGUUGCCAGGGACGAUGAAAGCAGGCGGGAGUUCAUAGAGUUGAUGAAUAAGUAUGGUUCUCAAAGCAGUUUUAAAGGAAGCUCAGGGAGAGUCUCCCCUACACAGCUUUCUACAGGAGGCAAGACAGACACGGCCUCCUCCUCUUCCUCCUCCAGAUCUACCAGUCCCACCAGCCAGCUCCUCAGCCCUAAAGAGGGGGUCACAGGACCCCCUUACACCCCUGGACCCCUCUAUACCACUGGGCCCCCAUACACAUCGAACCCUAACACAACCCCUACACAGCACGUCUUCAAUAAGUAAGUCAUCAUUCAGUUGAUAUGCAUCUCAAAGGGAACAGGCCUGGGCCUCAUCAUAAAAGGCGGAGCUAACCGAGCCGAGGGACCAAUGGUGUUGAUUCAGGAAAUAAUACCUGGAGGAGACUGCCAGAGGGACGGUAGACUACAGCCAGGAGAUCAGCUGGUGUCGAUUAAUAAGGAGUCGUUAGUUGGAGUUACCUAUGAGGAGGCUAGAAGUAUUGUGACACGCACCAAACUCAGAUCAGACCCUACGGUGGAGAUAGCGUUUAUGAGACACAGGUCUUCCUCCAGCUCUGCUUCCUCCAGCAGUGGCCCCCAGAGCCCUAUCACCCCCCAGGGCCCAGUCAGCGGAGCCCCCGCAGUGCCCCCCAUCAGGAGAGAGACCAUGGCUGUGCUGGGGGCCCUGCCUCCCCCUGCAUCACUGCUCCAGCACAGGAGAACCACACUCCCUGCAGCCCUCCCUGGGGUUCCCCUGGUGGUGCCCAAGAUCACCUCCACCCCCAACCCCGCCAGCGAGACUCUGCCAUCUGUCAACCUUAGCCAAGUUCGAAUGAGAACAGAACAGACGUGUGUCUCCUCCCCCCGUCAGAGUCCCAGCACCACAGAUGCCAAGCCUGAAUCCUACCCUGCCUGUCAGCCAAACAGCAUCCAGCACACACCACACAGGAAGUGCUCCCUCAGCUCCAUCAGUCGCCUCAAACUGGAGAGGCUGGAGCAGGUGUGUGUUUGUGCUCUGGAUGCAUUAGGACUGAAUCCUACGGAGGCACAGAGACAGACGUUGAGGGCCAGACUGCGAACAGACCCUGCUGGGACCGUGGCCUACGCAGACUUUGAGACACUGACACGGGAGCUGUUCAAGCUUCAGUUUGAGGAGUCAGGGGCCGGAGGUCAAGGCUCCAGGUUCGUGUCCGAUGACCUCUCCAGUCUCCUAGAGUCACCUACCAACACGCCUUCACUGUCUGACUCUGAUGACCUGGAGGAGAUGGAGAGACUGAGGAAAGACCACAUCGAGGCUCUGAGAGAGAUCAAGAAACUACAGGAGCAGUUGGCAGAGUCAGAGAGACUUCACCUGCAGAUGCAGGAAGAGCUGAACAUGGUCAAACAGGAGGUAAAGUCUGGGACGGAUGAGAGCCGUGCUCUGCGGAGCCGGAUCCACCUGGCUGUAGCAGCCCAGAAGCAGGCCAGGGGGAUGGAGAUGGAUUAUGAGGAGGUGAUCCAUCUCCUGGAGGCUGAGAUAGCCGAGCUCAAGGCCCAGAGGAACGAACAGCAGCAGCCCGGCCAGGCUAAGGAUGAGGUGGAGGAGCUGAAGAAGAGAGUGGCCGUUCUGGAGUGUCAACUACGUAAGAACGAGGGGGCCAAAAAGGGCUUUGAGGUGUCCAUGGGAAAACUGCUCAACUUCGUGGAGAAUGUUCAAGACUUCCUCAUUGAAAACCAAGGUCCCGUGAAGAGCUGUAGCUCUGGUGACAUGAAGCCCGGCGCUUCCUCUCAACCCCUGGGAGCCCGCGUGGGGAAGAAGUCCCAGUGGACGACGGCUACGCUAGCUGCAGAGGCUAAAGAACUCACACGGACUGUUAGAGCCAUCCUCGAGUUAUGUGGCGCAGACAACAUCGUGGACCCAUCCAAUGACCUGCAGCCUGGCUAUGAGGAUGCCUGA